AGUGUUUGUUUCCAGCGUGUCCAGCAGUUCCGCGUGGGACUCGUGGAGUAUCUACUUAAUGCGUAGUUUCCAUGUUUUACUGCUCGAGCAGAUCACAAUCUGAAGCUUACCAUCAACACCGCUCACAAACAUGAAGAGUCCACACACGGACGUGAUCUACCACCGCUACCCCAGCCAGAACUUCGAUCAGAACGAGAAACCUGUUCCCGUCGCCAUCGCCGUCGACGAUGUUGACACGGAUGACGAGUCAAUUUUCCGUCAGAGCUACUCUCCGCCAUUGCCGCCUUCACCUCCAGGCUGCUGCCUGUUAUUCUGGUCUCGGCUAGGACGACUACUUGUGUUCCACACGCUCAACGCGUUUCUAGGACUUGGUGGCGCCAUUCUCGUGCUGGUGCUUGUUCCGGUAAGUGUGGGGCUGCUCCCGCUGUUUGGUGUUGGCCUCGUACUCUUUCAACUUUCCGCUGGAGUCGUGGAAAUACUGGCGAGGAUCGACAUCGGCCUCGCGAACAUGGUAUCCAUGCGAGAACCCAAGCUACGCAAGGCCUUUGGAAUUCAAGGUGGGCUAUCUACUAACAACGGCUGCACCAGUACUUGCCAACGUAUAUUCUUCCUUUCGCCCAGAAUGCUGCUAGUGAUGCUCUAUUUCGCCACAGUCAAACUUGUUGUGGGGAUUAUGAGUGUCGUUGCUGUGGCAUGGGGAGUUGUCUUUCCAAUCGAAGCGCUUACCAGUAACGAUCACGCAGAGGCGAUCGGAUUGGUGAACUACCACAACCACCCCGGCGCUUAUGUCAUAAUUGUCCUUGGCGCCUGGGUUCUCGGUGCUCUCUGCAUCACAUUUGUCCCCAAGUCAUCCGUGGCGCUGACGACGUGGGCGUGCGCUGAGCGGGGAGAGAUGGACGAAGUAGGAACGCCACGAACACCUCGAUGUGCGUCCGAAGCCGCGAUUGACCUGAAAGCUGUUGUUUUACAAACACCAACGCCUGAAGAGAAGGCGCACGAGUAGCUGGUCGAACUAAGAGUAUGAAAAAGACAUACAAUUAUUGAAUCUCGUUUUAACCGAGA